GAGGGAACCCAGCCGGAGAGCGCUCUGGGGACGCCUCCUUGUGCUCGCUACGCUUUUAUUUUCUCCUUUGCCCUUGGAGGUUGACGAAGCCCGUCCCACGAACACGCUCCCCACGUCCCCGGGGGCGGAAGAGGCAGCAGCGGGGCCGCUCCCUGCCAGGCUGGGGAGGGAAGGGAAGGGAAAAAAGGAAGAGGGAAGGGAAGGGCAGGGCGGCAGCGACAGGUGCUGCGAGGAUGGCGACGGGGGACGCGGAGCAAGCGCGCUACUGCCAGCGGCUGUCCUACCUCUGCCUCAAGUUCACCCUCAUCGCCUACUCCACCGCCUUCUGGGUGAUCGGAGGCCUUGUCCUUGCAGUUGGGAUUUAUGCAGAAGUUGAAAGACAGAAGUACAAAACUCUGGAAAGUGCCUUCCUAGCCCCAGCAAUUAUUUUAAUACUUCUGGGCGUUAUAAUGUUCGUUGUGUCUUUAGUGGGCGUAGUGGCUUCUCUAAGAGACAAUUUAUGCCUUCUUCAAGCGUUCAUGUACAUCCUUGGUCUCUGUUUGCUGAUUGAGCUGACGGGUGGAGUUGUGGCAUUGAUCUUCAGAAACCAGACAAUCAAAUUUUUGAACGAUAAUAUUAGAAGAGGAAUUGAGAAUUACUACGAUGAUUUGGACUUCAAGAACAUCAUGGAUUCAGUUCAGAAACAGUUUAAGUGUUGCGGUGGGGAGGACUACAGAGACUGGGCAAAAAACGUGUACCACAGCUGUGAGGCACCGGGACCGCUGGCCUGCGGAGUGCCUUACACAUGCUGUGUCACAAACAAGACAGACAUUAUCAACACCAUGUGUGGAUACAAAACAAUUGACCAAGAGCGCCUGAGUGUUCAGCACAUCAUUUACGUCCGAGGGUGCACGAACGCAGUGCUCAUCUGGUUUUUAGACAACUACAGCAUCAUGGCUGGCAUUCUGCUCGGCAUAUUGCUACCCCAGUUCCUCGGGGUGCUGCUGUCUCUGCUUUACAUAACGCGAGUGGAAGACAUCAUCAGCGAACACAAGCUGAGCGAAAAUCUCUUUGAAGAAACGUGGCAGAGAUCCCAGCCCGAGUUUGCUGCCUCGGGCUGCUGCAUGUGCUACCCCGGCUGACGGCAGGAGCCCACCGACCUCUGCUGGGUUGUGCUGGCUUCGUAGCUAUUCCAGACGCUGGGUGUAAUUAAUCAACUCUCACUCCUUUUUGGUAGUUUUGAAACUGCAGUACCAAAAACAGAGCCCGAAUUCUCCCUGCCCCGUGGUCUUAAUAUUUCUACUGCCCCUCUGUGCGUGCGGAGCUAUCGCGAGGCCCCUCGGCAGCGCGCUCCGGUUGUCUGCGAGCCCUGGAGACGCCGACCUUCUGGGAUGCCCCAUCCCGCUGUGACCACGGUGGACAGUGAUUUUGGUGUCCUGGAGGGUGGGAACGAUGCUCCCUGUUACAGCUCCAAGGCGGUCUUGUCGGCGAUUGAAUCUCUCUGCCUGAUUGCUGAGUGAUGCGUGGUCAGGACGGCUUCAUGCUGGGAAAAUCCGAAGCUAGAUUUCUAUCAAGAGCUUUUGUACCUUGGUGUGUUGUAUUUAAAUGUUAGCCCCAUCAAACUUUAUUUUCUUACUUGUUGCAAGGCAGAAGAUGGAUUUCUUACUGACCUGAAUGGUGGAUAUUGAACACCUUGAAUAAUUUUUUAUGCUAAUCUCAAUUUACUGACAAUUGUGGAUGUGACGCUGAACAUUUUCAUUGCUCAGUCUUUUGUGCCUUUUAAUAAUGGGGCAAACGCCAGUGUGGAAUUAAUCAGGUAAUUCUUGAUGUACUUUUAAUGCAAUUUAUUGCUAUCUGGGUUGGUAUAAAUUCCUGAGACGUUUGAGUCUUGUAUGUAUAAAUUCCUGAGACGUUUGAGUCUUGUAUUUUUCCUCAUUAGUAAUUUAACUAGGUGAUUUCUUUUGGAGUUGUAUGUGCUGAAAUGUUUCUGAAUUUGAUUCUUCUUGUCAAAAUAAAAAAUGUAAGUUUUUUUAAAAAAACAAAACACA